UGCGCUCACAAGCGCGCAAGGCUCUCGCUCUCCGCCCCGCACACCUGUGCUCCGCCCCCUGGUCCCGGGCCGGCGACGGUCGAAGGCUUGGGAACCCAAGGCUGCUGCGGCGGCGCCCCCCAUCUCAUUCCCUUCCCAGCGCUGGUAUAGUCCGGAGCCUGUCGCCAGUCCCGACCAGCCCGCAUCCCUCUCCAUCCUUCCCUCCCCCCGCCUGCCGCGGCACCGGUAUCUGCAGCCGCAGCCCGGAGCCCUUGAAGCGGCGAAGGGGGGAGGGGAAGGAAGCAAGGGAUGAGCGCCGGGAGGGCGUCGGGGGCCCCGAGCCGGACUAGGACGCCCCUGGAGCCGGAACCCGAGCCGGAGCCGGAGCCAGAACCAAAUCACCGGUACCGGCUGCAGCCCCCUAGCCCCAGGAGGCGCCCUGGCCCGCGCUCGCCCCCCAGGGCCUCAUGUCGGAACCACAGCCUGACCUGGAGCCGCCCCAACAUGGGCUGUACAUGCUCUUCCUGCUUGUGCUGGUCUUCUUUCUCAUGGGCCUCGUAGGCUUCAUGAUCUGCCACGUGCUCAAGAAGAAGGGCUACCGCUGCCGCACCUCGAGGGGCUCGGAGCCUGACGACACCCAGUUGCAGCCCCCCGAGGACGAUGACAUGAAUGAGGACACAGUGGAGAGGAUUGUUCGCUGCAUCAUCCAAAAUGAAGCCAAUGCUGAGGCCUUAAAGGAGAUGCUGGGAGACAGUGAAGGAGAAGGGACAGUGCAGCUGUCCAGCAUGGAUGCCACCUCCAGCCUGCAGGACGGAGCCCCCUCCCAUCAUCACACAGUGCACCUGGGCUCCUCGGCCCCCUGCAUCCACUGCAGCCGCAACAAGAGACCCCCGCUUGUCCGUCAGGGACGCUCCAAGGAAGGGAAGAGUCGCCCCCGGCCUGGGGAGACCACGGUGUUCUCUGUGGGCAGGUUCCGGGUGACACACAUUGAGAAGCGCUAUGGGCUGCACGAGCAUCGUGAUGGCUCCCCCACGGACAGAAGCUGGGGCUCUAGCGGGGGGCAGGACCCAGGGGGCGGUCAGGGGCUUGGGGGAGGGCAGCCCAGGGCAGGGAUGCCUGCUGUUGAGAGCCUGCCCCCGCCCCCUGAGAGGCCACAGCGCCAGGUCCUGGCCAGCCCCCCGGUGCAGAAUGGAGGACUCAGGGACAGCAAUCUAGUCCCUCGGGCGCUUGAGGGGAAUCCUGGAGCCUCUGCAGAGCCAGUACCAGGGGCUGCAGGGAGGGGCCCAAGCCCAGGGCCAGCCAAGCAAGAGGCACAUGGACGGCCAAGCAAACCAGACACCUCCAGUCACCAGGUAUGAAGAUAUGGCCAGGACCGUGGUGGGUUGUGGUGGGCUCAGCUCUUCUCACCCUUCUACGGGGGGCGGGGGGGUGCACGGAUAUGACCCACCUCCUGUUCUCCUGCUGUUGACCCCUCCUCUCUCUCAGGUGUCCCCACCACGGGGAGCAGGGGGUGUGUGAGGUGAGUCUGCCUGGGCCCUAUUUCAGAUAAUUUCAUCCUGUACCUCCCACUUUAAACUGCCUAAUAAGCUCAUCGGCUCCCUAUACCCCCAGGGGAAACUCCAGGCUGAGCCUUUGGUACAUACUCCUUGGCUUGGUGGUCGGGAGUGGGCAUGGGCUUCGGGGGUAGGGAAGGCCCUGGAGCCCCUGGGGAAAAGGGGGGACCCAGCUUGAAUAGGAGGCAACUCCGUUACCCCUCCUCUCCUCCAAGCCGCCUCCUUCUCUGCGCUGAUGGACUGACUACCAGCUGGCAGGGCCCAGGGGAGGGGGGCCUGAAGCCGUUCAUCUCCACUGGACAGCACUGCCCUCCAGCUGAGGGACCAGCCCUCCUUCUACCUGGAGUUGCAUGGUCUCAGGUUGGGGGGCUUGGGAGAAGGGCCCCGCCCCGGCCCUCAGUCCCCCCCCCCGCCCCGCCUGCCAACAGGUCGCCUGACCCGCCUUCCCCACCGCCUCA